GACUAAACAGAAUUCGCGUAAUCGGAAGACCUCCAAAGAAUUUUGCAAUCGAUCGCUUGACCGCUUCUUCCACUGCUGCUCCCGCUGCUUAUCUGCUGCUGCUGCCGUUCGGUUCGACCACACAGUGCUCCGUUUUCGCAAUCAUGCCCAACGUGGUGGUAAUUCUGAAGUCAGAAAGUGAGAACACGGACAAUUACGGUGCGCUGCUGGAGAAACACGGAUACGAGCCCGUAUUCAUACCGACGCUGGAGUUCUCCUUUCAACGGCUGGAUGUGCUGCGAGAUCGAUUACUAUCGCCUUACAAAUACUCAGGAUUGGUAUUCACCAGUCCACGCAGCAUCACAGCCGUCCGGGAUGCGCUACAGGGCCAGAAGCUGAAGGACGAUUGGAAAACGCUGGAGAACUACUGCGUCGGAGAGACCUCGCGAGAUCUGAUACAGCGAACGCUCGAUCUCGAUACGAAGGGCCACCACUCGGGAAAUGCGAGCAAUUUGGCCGACUUUAUCAAAACAGAUCUGUACAACAAGACCGUCACCUUGCCGUUCCUCUUUCCCUGCGGCAAUCUCAAGCAGGAUGUGCUCCAGAACAAGCUGUCCGAGUACGGCUACUCGUUGGAUUCGGUCGAGGUGUACGAAACUGUUCCGCACCGUGAACUGGAGAGCAAUCUAGUGGCACUGUUCCGCAGCGAAACCGAGGAACCGCGGGGUGAGCGACGGAUCGACAGCCUACUGUUUUUCAGCCCCUCCGGCAUCAACUACUGUGCGCAUGUGUUCGAGAAGCACCGCAUCAGCCUGGCCGGCAAAAAGAUCAUCGCGAUCGGACCCAGCACGAAGAAAGCGAUCGAGAACAAGGGCAUUCAGGUGCACCGUACGGCCGAAAAACCAUCGCCCGAUUAUGUCAUCGGUGCGUUGUUGCAGGAUACCUAAGCUGAUGGAGGACACGGGAUGCGCGGGAUGUGCAAUAACAAUCCGUCUAAGGUGUUUCCUUUUUCUAAAUGGUUUGAAUCGAGCAAUGAACGCCGGAUGUGUAAGUGAUCCAAUCUAGCCUACUGAUCGAGUGCGACCGGGCCUAUUUGUCCGCAGCGCGCACCGACACAAACUAAAUGCAAUUUGUUAAUUCCUUCUCCUCCCUUAACCGAAUGAAGACAGAUAAUGUUAAACUCGAAAAUGCAACUGAACGUCGUCAAUGUUAUCGGAAUCUUGUUAUCUUAUAGAAAAGUAUACUAGCCAGUUGGAAUUAGUGUGAUGAUGAGAGGGAGGGCGAGGGAGAGCGUAGGGGGAGCGGAAGCAGAGCUGUUUGUUGGUUGUGUUUCCAUAAUAUUGCCAUUUUCUAAAUCCCUAGUUUAGCUGUGCCACGCAAAACCAAGCUUCACAGACCUUACCCGCUAUUUUGAGGUCUGUCUUUGGUUUCCCAACUAUUUAACAUCCUGCGAAACCACGCGUUAAUUACCAGUGUCCUUAGUAAAGUAGGACACCAAACAGGUCAAUUUCCAACAUGAGAGAGGAAACGAUCACGGAAGGGAGCCCGAAGGGAGAAUGUUGAACAGUAGUUGUUAUACAGAGUAGACAGUAAGCUGGAGUACGCCAAAAUGAAAGUAACAAUAACGAACACUAAGUUCCUCGCUCCAAUUGGUGUUUAGCUGUACGGCCUAGCCGCAAAAAAAAACAAAUUAGAACAACCUGAGCCUGAGACCAGUGGGUUACGUUUUUAACGAUGAAUACUUCUUCCCUGCAAUAGCUUAUCCCUCAUACCAUCAACUCCUAUGCAUUUCGGUAGGGGUAGCCUAAUACAUGACAAAAUGUACCACAAGAGGAGUCGGAAGGAGAGUGCUCGUAGAUACUGUCCUUCGAUUCGGAUAUUUUUUCCUUCUUUUUAUAUGAGCUUAUUGUUAAUAUUCUGGUCUUGGUUGUUCGAUAUUUAUAGAGAAAUAAGAAUUCUGAACGACCCGAUUUAAAUAAAGUAAUACCAAAUGCCGCAGGUGGCAGAAUGUUAACAUGUGUAAACCAGUAUAGUACCGAGUUACUUUCAUUUGUAGCUAACUUGUUAGCAAAACCACCUUUAGCUACGUUACUUCUGUGAUGCAAUGGUAGUUGAAAGCAUGCAUUUUUUAGUAGUUCGUAUGUUACAAAGUUAUCAUGUUAGUUGUGGAGAAAAUCCUCAACUGCAUGUUGCAUGCUUGCAUGAACGUAGAAACAUGGAAUGCCAUUUAUUGCUUCAUUUCAGAGUCACCAACCCCUCCGAAGCUCAACAACGGCGUAUUCGCUUUGGGAAGGAACUUCAAAAUUGAUUCGUUAAUAUGCAGGCUCCUGGAAGACUAACGAGUCAAUCCAAAUAAUCAGCCACCGUGCGGGCACGGUGGAAUGGCAUACAAUUUUAUGCCGAUGAAAAUGAUGAUCAUUGUCGUUUAUUGUGUAUUAUUGUAAUCACCGCUGCACCGUAUGGGCUUGUAAUUAGGAUAGGGAUACGAAGGUGGAUGCAAAAUGGUGCAAAGUUGGAAAAGAAUGGUAUGCGAAUAUUUCGGCAUCAUUAAUGAAAGCAGCACGGGUAUUACACAAACGGACAAGCCACCACAGUGCAUACCAUCAUUACGACAUCAAGAGAAACCGGGCGCCAACGUGGUGCCAGUAUUGGGUCUGUGUUCAUGCUGUUCUGGCUUCCGUUGCGUUCCAAGUCCUCAUGUCACCCUGUCAACGGAUCUUAAUUUGCGGAAAAUGAAGAAAUGAAAUCAAUAACAUUUUUAUAUGCAUUGAUUGGAGUGGUCAAAAACCGGUACGAUCACCAGAAGCCAUAUGGUAAUGAGAAGCAAUCGCCGCUCUCCGUAUUAUCAGUCCCUACUGUACUGUCUCCUGACCCCAGGAUCCAGAACCGAAAGAAAGAGAAUUUUAAAAUCAAACUAUUAAAAAUCGUGACAGGAAUGCAG